CUAUGAGAUAGAAGCAGAUAACACAUAGACUUCCGUUAAAACCAGAAUGAGGAAAAUACUUUUCUCUAGCAUCGCAGGAGGAAGAAAACAAACACAUCAGAUAUUUUCAGCACCAAAAGAGAUGGUUUUCCCCACAUACAUGUAAAAGAAAUUUGCAAGACUAUCUGGGUAUCAGAAUGGCAAAGCAACUGAACCUUCCACAAAAUACAGAUGAUUGGACCAAAGAGGAUGUAAAUCGGUGGUUAGAAAGUCACAAGAUUGACCAAAAACACAGGGAAAUUUUGACUGGACAAGAUGUGAAUGGAGCAGUGUUGAAGUGGUUAAAAAAAGAACAUCUUGUUGAUAUGGGCAUCACACAUGGACCAGCUAUUCAAAUAGAAGAACUAUUCAAAGAAUUGCAGAAAACAGCCAUUGAAGAUUCAAUUCAGACAUCUAAGAUGAGAAAGCCCAGUAAAAAUGCUCCUAAAGACCAAACCGUGUCUCAAAAGGAAAGUAGAGAAACUUCAAAGCAAAAACAAAAGGAUAAAGAGAACCCAGAUAUGGCUAAUCCAUCUACAAUGAGUACAAUUGCUAAAGUUUCUGAGUCACUAAAAGUUGAGCUCAUAGAAGAUAAAAUAGAUUAUACAAAGGAAAGGCAACCAUCCAUAGACCUGACAUGUGUAUCAUACCCAUUUGAUGAAUUCAGUAAUCCAUAUCGUUACAAGUUGGAUUUUAUUCUACAGCCUGAAACAGGACCAGGCAAUCUCAUUGAUCCGAUACAUGAAUUCAAAGCCUUCACAAAUACAGAAACAGCCACAGAAGAGGAUGUUAAGAUGAAAUUUAGCAAUGAGGUUUUCCGAUUUGCUUCAGCUUGUAUGAAUUCACGUACCAAUGGCACUAUUCAUUUUGGAGUCAAAGACAAACCCCAUGGGAAAAUUGUUGGUGUCAAAGUCACCAGUGAUACCAAGGAAGCCCUCAUUAACCAUUUCAAUCUGAUGAUAAACAAGUAUUUUGAAGACCAUCAGGUCCAACAAGCAAAGAAGUGCAUUCGAGAGCCAAGAUUUGUGGAAGUUUUACUGCCAAAUAGUACUUUAUCUGACAGAUUUGUUAUUGAAGUGGACAUUAUUCCACAGUUCUCUGAAUGCCAAUAUGAUUAUUUCCAGAUUAAAAUUCAAAAUUACAACAACAAAACAUGGGAACAAAGUAAAAAAUUCUCAGUAUUUCUGCGAGAUGGGACCAGCUCUAAGGACAUUAUGAAAAAUAAAGCUGAUUUCAGAACAUUUAAAGCAGAUUUUAAAAGACUGGCAGAGUCCAGAAAAGCAGCAGAAGAAAAAUUCAGAGCAAAAACAAAUAAAAAAGAAAGGGAGGGACCAAAGUUGGUUAAAUUAUUGACAGGAAAUCAAGAUUUGUUAGAUAAUUCAUACUAUGAACAGUACAUUCUUGUAACAAAUAAAUGUCACCCAGAUCAAACAAAACACUUAGAUUUCCUGAAGGAAAUUAAAUGGUUUGCUGUGUUGGAGUUCGAUCCUGAGUCUAACAUCAAUGGAGUGGUCCAAGAUUACAAAGCAAGCCGAGUAGCAAACCUUCACUUUCCAAGUAUGUAUGUAGAAGGGAAAACCACACCAAAUGAGAAGAUUUCUACUCUGAAUCUUUACCAUCAACCAAGCUGGAUUUUCUGCAAUGGCAGGUCAGACCUUGACAGUGAAAAAUAUAAACCCUUUGAUCCAAGUUCCUGGCAAAGAGAAAGAGCUUCUGAUGUCAGGAAACUGAUUUCAUUUCUUACCCAUGAAGACAUAAUGCCAAGAGGGAAGUUUUUGGUGGUGUUUCUAUUACUAUCCUCUGUGGAUGACCCAAGAGAUCCCCUCAUUGAGACUUUCUGUGCUUUCUACCAGGAUCUCAAAGGAAUAGAAAAUAUACUGUGUAUUUGUGUACAGCCACACAUAUUUCAGGGAUGGAAAGAUCUACUUGAAGCAAGAUUAAUAAAACACCAAGAUGAAAUUUCAAGCCAAUGUAUUUCUGCUUUAAGCCUUGAAGAGAUCAAUGGCACUAUUCUUAAACUAAAAUCUGUGACUCAAUCUUCAAAAAGACUUUUACCAUCUAUUGGCUUAUCGACUGUCCUUCUGAAAAAAGAAGAAGAUAUCAUGACUUCUCUGGAAAUUAUCUGUGAAAAUGAAUGUGAGGGUACACUGUUAGAGACGGACAAAAAUAAAUUCCUUGAAUUCAAGGCAUCAAAAGAGGAAGACUUCUAUCGAGGUGGCAAAGUGUCAUGGUGGAACUUCUACUUCUCUUCUGAAAGUUAUUCUUCACCUUUUGUCAAAAGGGAUAAAUAUGAAAGACUUGAAGCAAUGAUUCAAAACUGCGCAGAUUCUUCUAAACCAACAUGUACCAAAAUUAUUCACCUGUACCAUCAUCCAGGCUGUGGGGGAACUACCUUGGCUAUGCACAUUCUCUGGGACCUAAGGAAAAAAUUCAGAUGUGCUGUGCUAAAAAACAAGACAGUGGAUUUUUCUGAAAUUGGAGAACAGGUAACCAAUUUAAUCACCUAUGGGGCAAUGAACCGACAGGAAUAUAUACCUGUACUGCUCCUUGUUGAUGAUUUUGAAGAACAAGAUAAUGUCUAUCUUCUGCAGUACUCUAUUCAAACAGUUAUAGCUAAAAAGUACAUUCGAUAUGAAAAACCUCUGGUGAUUAUCCUAAAUUGUAUGAGAUCACAAAAUCCUGAAAAAAGUGCAAGGAUCCCAGACAGCAUUGCCGUAAUACAGCAACUCUCUCCCAAAGAACAGAGAGCUUUCGAGCUUAAAUUGAAAGAAAUCAAAGAACAGCAUAAAAAUUUUGAGGAUUUUUAUUCCUUUAUGAUCAUGAAAACCAAUUUUAAUAAAGAAUACAUAGAAAAUGUGGUCCGGAAUAUCCUGAAAGGGCAGAAUAUUUUUACCAAGGAAGCAAAGCUCUUUUCUUUUCUGGCUCUUCUUAAUUCAUAUGUGCCUGAUACCACCAUUUCACUAUCACAGUGUGAAAGAUUCUUAGGAAUUGGAAACAAGAAGGCUUUCUGGGGGACAGAAAAAUUUGAAGACAAGAUGGGCACCUACUCUACAAUUCUGAUAAAAACAGAGGUCAUCGAAUGUGGGAACUACUGUGGAGUACGCAUCAUUCACUCUUUGAUUGCAAAGUUCUCACUGGAAGAAUUGAAGAAAAGCUAUCACCUGAAUAAAAGUCAAAUUAUGUUGGAUAUGCUAACUGAGAAUUUGUUCUUCGAUACUGGUAUGGGAAAAAGCAAAUUUUUGCAAGAUAUGCACACACUCCUACUCACAAGACACCGCAAUGAACAUGAAGGUGAAACAGGAAAUUGGUUUUCCCCAUUUAUUGAAGCAUUACAUAAAGAUGAAGGAAAUGAAGCAGUUGAAGCUGUAUUGCUUGAAGGUAUCCAUCGAUUCAACCCAAAUGCAUUCAUAUGCCAAGCGUUGGCAAGACAUUUCUACAUUAAAAAGAAGGACUUUGGCAAUGCUCUAAACUGGGCAAAACAAGCAAAAAUCAUAGAACCUGACAAUUCUUAUAUCUCAGAUACACUGGGUCAAGUCUACAAAAGUAAAAUAAGAUGGUGGAUAGAGGAAAACGGAAGAAACAGAAACAUUUCAGUUGAUGAUCUAACUGCUCUUUUGAAUUUAGCAGAACAGGCCUCAAGUGCAUUCAAAGAAUCUCAACAGCAAAGUGAAUAUAGAGAGUAUGAAGUGAAGGAAAGGUUGUAUCAGAAGUCAAAAAGGAGGUAUGAUACUUACAAUAUCGCUGGUUAUCAAGGAGAGAUAGAAGUUGGGCUUUACACAAUCCAAAUUCUCCAGCUCAUUCCUUUUUUUGAUAAUAAAAAUGAGCUAUCUAAAAGAGAUAUGGUCAAUUUUGUAUCAGGAAGUGGUGAUAUUCCAGGGGAUCAAAAUGAUGAAUAUAAAUUAGCCCUCAAAAACUAUAUUCCUUAUUUAACUAAAUUGAAAUUUUCUUUGAAAAAGUCCUUUGAUUUUUUUGAUGAAUACUUUGUCCUGCUAAAACCCAGGAACAACAUUAAGCAAAAUGAAGAGGCCAAAACUCGGAGAAAGGUGGCCGUAUAUUUUAAGAAAUAUACAGAUAUAUUUUGUCUCUUAGAAGAAUCACAAGACAUAGGUCUUGGAUCAAAGUUCAGUGAGCCACUUCAAAUAGAGAGAUGCCGGAAAAGCCUAGUAGCUUUAAAAGCAGACAAGUUUUCUGGGCUCUUGGAAUAUCUUAUCAAAAGUCAAGAGGAUGCUAUAAGCACUAUGGAAUAUAUAGUGAACAAAUAUGCUUUUCUCUUAGAACAAUGCACUGUCAAAAUCCAGGCAAAAGAAAAGUUAAAUUUCAUCUUGGCCAACAUUAUUCUCUCCUGUAUCAAACCUACCUCGACAUUAGUAAAGCCAGUUGAAAAACUAAAAGAUCAGCUUCGAGAAGUCUUGCAACCAAUAGGACUGACUUACCGGUUUUCAGAACCUUAUUUUCUAGCUUCCCUCUUAUUCUGGCCAGAAAAUCAACAACUAGAUCAACAUUCUCAAAAAAUGAAAGAGUAUGCUCAAGCACUGGAAAAUUCUUUCAAGGGGCAAUAUAAACAUAUGCAUCGUACAAAGCAACCAAUUGCGUAUUUCUUUCUUGGAAAAGGUAAAAGACUGAAAAGACUUGUUCACAAAGGAAAAAUUGAUCAGUGCUUUGAAAAGACACUAGAUAUUAAUUCCUUGUGGCAGAGUGGAGAUGUGUGGAAGGAGGAAAAAGUCCAAGAACUUUUGCUUCGUUUACAAGGUCGAGCUGAAAAUAAUUGUUUAUACAUAGAGUAUGGAAUCAAUGAAAAAAUCACAAUACCCAUUACUCCCACUUUUUUAGGUCAACUUAGAAGUGGCAGAAGCAUAGAAAAGGUGUCUUUUUACCUGGGAUUUUCCAUUGGAGGCCCACUUGCUUAUGACAUUGAAAUUGUUUAAGGGUCUGAUAUUGUUCCUCUAAGAAUUUGGUCUCAGUACCACCUAAUUUUUUUAAACUCAAGAUCGAUGCUUUCAACUGGCAAGGUUAUAGAUACAGCCCCUAGCUCUUCAGACCUGUACAUGCAGUAUUUCACUUCCUCUUAAACAUGUUAUUAGUCCUACAAAGACAAGAGUGAAAAUGGAAGGAGUGAAAUACAUGAAAAGCAGCAAAUGUGUUCCUUGGUUUGGUUAACACCAUUGAUGACAAAAUAAUAAGGAGCUAUGACUGGAGUCAGAAGAAGUUAGUGUAAUAAGCUGGCUACACAGAACCCCACUACUUACCAGGCAUUGAUUGAAGAAGACUGUCUACUCAAAUGGCAUUUAGACAUUAGAAUGUCUGGGAAAAUAUUUCUCAAAGAGAGCAAAAACCUCUCAAACUGAGUAGCAACAUUUAUUCUUACUAAGCAGAUCAUCAAUGUGUCAUGUACUUGGCACUCAAGGAUCUUCCAAAACAGAGGACCAACCAGUCUUCUGAAGGUCAUGCCCACAGAAGUCAUCAGACCUUACCAAAGUAGGCUGGAGAAUUAGAUUGCCUUUUCAUGCAGUGAGAGUCAGUUAAGCAAAAAUAAAAUUUGUCUCUAUAGCUAAUUAGCUUAUCAACUCCCCUCCAAACAAACAAUUUAAAAAAAAACCUCACACUCAAAUUCCACAAGAUAAUGAACAAAAGGGACUCUUGUGAGAAGACUAAUGAGUCUCUCAUCCAGAAGAUGCCAAUGUACUGGCAGAUUAACAUAUAACCUAUGUUUUGAACAAAAACAACCAGAGAUAUGUAAUCAAAGUGUAAUUUUCCCCUAAUAAAAUUAUGGGUAUGGGCAGUAAUCAUUGGCUGCCAAAACCAUUAAGUAGAAAGCUGAUUAAAAAAAAAAAAAAAAAAACUUUCUAAUGGAUUUCUCAAACUGUCCCAAAUCCUGAUAAAUAUUAACAUCACAGAGGAAGACCACACAUUAUGGGUCUGGAAGUACUAUAGGAGUGCACAUAUCACCCAUGAGAUGGUCUUGCCAAAUAAUUAAACCUGAAUUUGAUCAGGUCUCUGGAUCUUAUUUUUAAUUCAAAAGAAAUUAAAAAAAAAAAUCCUACUAACACCACAACAAAUAUGCAACCAGUGAUAUCCAGAAAGUAGAAAUUCACAGGACAAAAACCUGGUUUCUUCAACCAAAAAAGAAAGAAAGAAAUUGCAAAGGACCAAAAAAAGGUUAGGGAAUCUAUACAUUAUAAGGGACUUAACAACUAAAGUGAAACACAUAGACUUUAGAUCCUAAUUUGAGCAAAAUCUAAAAUCAAUUAUUAGGCAAUCAGAAAAAUUUGAACACAGACUAGAUAUUUGAGGAUAUUAAGGUACUCUAUUAUUGAUUUGUUAGAUGAUAUAAUGAUUCCAUGGUUAUGUUUUUCAAAGAGUUUGUGCCAUUCAUAGAUACAUACUACAGUAUUUGUAAAUAAAUAAUAUGAUCUGGAAUUAGUAAUUUUGUGUUUGGGGUGUAGGAGUGGUGAAAGGGAAGUAGAACCAAAACAAGAUUGGUCCUGAGUUAACAAUGGCUGCAUGCUGGAUACAUGUAUACUUUUCUCUCUCUUACUGAUUGUGCUUUUGAAAUUUUCUCUUGUAGAACAUUUGGAAAACAAAAACAAGAAAAUGCGAUUUGUUUCUGUCUUCAAAAUCUCAUUAGAAUUUUUUCACUGGAGGAAGUUUUUCCCUUUUUUCUGCAUAAAAUUUUAACUCCAUAAUUUAUGAGCUCAAUCUUUAUUGCUACUUUUUAAUUGACAAAUAAAAAUUGUAU